UGGAAACUUGUUUGUAUUUUUUGGUUAUCUAAAGGACUAAAGAGAGUUGUCACUUUGGAUGUUUUGGAAAUUUGGAAUUUUGAGAACAAGAUAUGUCUAUCCAAAACUGUAUGCCUGUAAAUAAAAAGUGCAGACUUUGCCUGCAAAAGACUGAAGCGUCGAUAAAUCUUUUCGAAGGAAAUUUUCAGCAAAUGAUACUUGAGUUGACCUCUCUUAAGAUAACAGAAGACGAUAUUUUCCCAAAGAUUGCUUGCAUCAUUUGUAUUGAUGAAAUUCAACAGGCGUUUAAAACUAGGAAUCGAAUUUUGGAAUGCCAUAAGAAGUUAGAACAAUUGUACACAAAUACCAUAAAUGAACCAGGCCAAAAUUCCCACGAUGGAUCUAUUCAUAAUUCAAAAGAGUCGAGAAGCAAAACUGAUGAGUUAAAAGAAGAUAAAUGCUUGAAAGAUAACUCCAUCUACGAAGAUUACAGUGAUUUAGUGAUAAAAUCUGAACUUACUGAGGAUAAUGAGAAUAUCACCUAUGAGGAAUAUGAUCCUUCGAAAAUUCAAAACAACAUUCCUACUGAAGAAAUAGAUUCCAAGUUGAAAAAUAGAUCUUGUGACUUAUAUAAUGACUUAUCAUUAUUUGAUCCCCUAAAAGUAGCAUGUAUAAAUAAAAGAAGGCAGGACCAGCUACUUGGAAGAGACCAAAUACCAAAACACUAUAUUUGUGAUGAAUGUGGUGAAGUUUUCCCUUAUGAUCUAUAUACUAUCAGGCUUCAUAGGUCAAAACAUAAAAAGAGCAAAUGUGAAAUUUGUGGCAUUGUUACUAGGACUGAUAACAUGAAGAAGCAUAUAGAUGGACACAACAGUGGUCCUAGAGUGUGUGAAUCAUGUGGAAAAACAUGUAAAAAUAUCGAAAGUUUGAGGAGUCAUAUAUAUUACAUGCAUACAACAUCGGCUGAUAAAUUUAAAUGUGACCAGUGCUCCAAAAGUUAUCGAAAAAAAUAUAAGCUUGAAAGUCAUAAAAAUAAAGAACAUACAGGAUCUCGUCGGUAUACAUGUAAUAUUUGUCAGAAAAAGUUCUUUUCUAACUGGGAUUUGAAAAAGCACGUCAGUAUGACCCAUGAGAAACUACGACCAUACAUCUGCCAGUAUUGUAACAAGGGCUUUUCUAGUUUACAUGCCUUGAAGACCCACACUCGACAACAUACCAAUGAAACUCCAUUUAAGUGUUCCAUAUGUGCCGAAGGUUUCCGACAGAAUGUUUCUCUUCGUUCACAUCUCAAAUCAAAGCACAAUAUUGAAGAAAACAAGAAUUUUCCUUGUGAGUUUUGUGACAAGUCGUUUGGUUCGAAUUUUGCCCUUAAGGUACAUCUGAGACUACACAGUGAGCAGUGCUAUAAAUGUGAUGAGUGUGAGGAAUAUUUCAAUCAAAGUAUUUAUUUGUUUAACCAUAUGAAGACUGUACAUAACAUGGAAGAGAGUAUGGUUGAUAUAAAAAAAUUUAAGAUUAAUGUUAGUAAUGAAGCUAAUGAAGAUGAUAAAAAGGACUAAAGAGGCCCAUUUGGGAAGCAUAUCUGGGAUGAACCAGGUGUGAAUGAAUGGAAUGAAUAUUCGGUUUUUCUAUUCGGAAAGGAGCUAAAAGAUAUGUAUAAAACAAUCGCUCUUAGUGUAGCGUGUACUGUUGAAAACAUUUUUUAUAUAAAAUAAUUUUUUCUUCAAGCAUAAGGCUCAUUAAGUGUAUGAAGUAAAAUAC